CCAAUGAGGAGCCUCACAAUCCACUCUCUGUAUAGCACGGCGAGCCCCAGCAUGCUGAAGAGGAAACAGAGCUCACGGGUCGAGGCCCAGCCCAUGACCGACUUUGGGCCGGACGAGACCCUCGCAGACAGCGCCGACAUCUUCUGGAUCAACAAGCCAUGGGUGCACAGUCUGCUGCGGGCCUGCUCCAUCAUCAGCGUCAUCUCGGUGUGCAUGAACACGCCCAAGACUUUCGAGCAUUACCCUCCGCUGCAGUACGUGACCUUCGCGCUGGACACGCUGCUCAUGUUCCUCUACACCGCCGAGAUGAUCGCCAAGAUGCACAUUCGAGGGAUCGUCAAGGGCGACAACUCCUACGUGAAGGACCGCUGGUGUAUCUUUGAUGGAAUCAUGGUGUUUUUCAUCUGGGUGUCCCUGGUGCUGCAGGUGUUCGAGAUCGCGGAUCUGGUGGAUCAGAUGUCUCCGUGGGGGAUGCUGAGGAUCCCCCGAGCGCUCAUUAUGAUCCGGGCCUUCCGGAUCUACUUCCGCUUCGAGCUCCCUCGCUCCCGCAUCACCAACAUACUCAAGCGAUCCGGGGAACAGAUCUGGAGCGUCUCCAUCUUCCUGCUGUUCUUUCUCCUGCUCUACGGAAUCCUGGGCGUUCAAAUGUUCGGCACGUUCAACCACCACUGCGUCACGAACGACACGCAGAUGGGUAAUGUGUCAUGGAACAGCUUGGCCAUCCCAGACACCCAUUGCUCCCCUGAUGGGGAGGGCUACCAGUGCCCCCGUGGCUUCAAAUGCAUGGACCUGGAGGAGAUGGGCCUCAGCCGGCAGGAGCUGGGCUACAGCGGCUUCAAUGAACUCGGUACGAGCAUCUUUACCGUGUACGAGGCGGCGUCACAGGAGGGUUGGGUGUUCCUCAUGUACAGAGCCAUCGACAGUUUCCCUCGCUGGCGCUCCUACUUCUACUUCAUAACUCUCAUUUUCUUCUUGGCAUGGCUUGUCAAGAACGUGUUCAUUGCAGUCAUCAUCGAGACAUUUGCCGAGAUAAGAGUGCAAUUUCAGCAGAUGUGGGGUUCAAGGAGCAGUACCACCUCCACCACUUCAUCACAGACAUUCCACGAAGACUCCGCCGGGGGGUGGCAGCUCGUAGCUGUGGACGUCAACAAACCACAUGGCCAGGCGCCCGCCUGCCUCCAGCAACUGAUGCGGACCUCCGUGUUCCACAUGUUCAUCUUGAGCAUGGUCGCCGUGGACGUCAUCGUUGCCGCUAGCAACCACUACAAAGGCGAGAACUACCGCAGGCACUAUGAUGAGUUUUACCUGGCAGAGGUGGCCUUCACUGUGCUCUUUGACCUGGAGGCUCUUCUGAAGAUCUGGUGCCUGGGCUUCACCGGCUACAUCAGCUCCUCCCUGCACAAGUUUGAGGCCCUGCUGGUGGUGGGCACCACGCUGCACAUCUACCCCUACCUCUACCACUCUCAGUUCACCUACUUUCAGGUGCUGCGCGUGGUGCGUCUGAUCAAGAUCUCCCCGGCUCUGGAGGACUUUGUGUACAAGAUAUUCGGUCCGGGUAAAAAGCUGGGCAGCCUGGUGGUGUUCACAGCCAGCCUCCUCAUCGUCAUGUCGGCCAUCAGCCUGCAGAUGUUCUGCUUCGUGGAGGAGCUGGACCGCUUCACCACGUUCCCCAGGGCAUUCAUGUCCAUGUUCCAGAUUCUCACCCAGGAGGGCUGGGUAGACGUCAUGGACCAGACUCUCGUGGCUGUAGGUCACAUGUGGACUCCGGUCGUCGCCAUUUACUUCAUCCUCUACCAUCUGUUCGCUACCCUGAUUCUGCUCAGUCUUUUUGUGGCCGUCAUCUUGGACAACCUCGAGUUGGAUGAAGACUUGAAGAAGCUCAAACAGCUCAAGCAAAGCGAAGCCAACGCGGAUACGAAGGAGAAGCUCCCUCUGAGACUGAGGAUCUUUGAGAAGUUCCCCAACAGACCUCAGAUGGUGAAGAUCUCCAAGCUGCCGUCUGAUUUCACUGUGCCCAGGAUCAGGGAGAGUUUCAUGAAGCAGUUCAUUGAUCGGCAGCAGGACACCAGCUGCUUGUUCCGGCGUCUGCCCUCCGCGUCGUCCUCCUGCGACCACUCCAAACGCUCGGCCAUCGAGGACAACAAGUACAUCGACCAAAAGCUCCGCAGGUCAAUAUUUAGCAUCCGAGCUCGUAACCUCCUGGAAAAAGAGAACACCAUCAAUAAGAUCCUGCGGGCUUGCAUCAGACAGCGCAUGCUAAGCGGAUCCUUUGAGGGCCUGCCAGCCAAAGAACGCUCGAUUCUCAGCGUGCAGCAUCACAUCCGACAGGAGCGCAGAUCUCUGAGACAUGGCUCCACCAGUCAGAGGAUCAGCCGGGGGAAGUCGCUGGAGACGCUCAACCAGGAUCAUUCCAGUACGGUACGCUACCGCAACGCGCAGAGGGAGGACAGCGAGAUCAAGAUGAUCCAAGAGAAGAAAGAACAAGCCGAGAUGAAAAGGAAGGUCCAGGAGGAGGAGUUGAGGGAGAACCAUCCGUACUUUGACAAGCCGCUCUUCAUCGUGGGGCGAGAGCACCGCUUCAGGAACUUCUGCAGGAUGAUCGUCCGGGCUCGCUUCAACGCAUCUAUAGCUGAUCCCAUAACCGGAGCGGUGACGAACACCAAAUACCACCAGCUGUACGACCUUCUGGGCCUGGUCACCUAUCUGGACUGGGUGAUGAUCGUGGUGACCAUCUGCUCGUGCAUCUCCAUGAUGUUUGAAUCGCCCUUCACCCGGGUCAUGCACGCCCCCACGCUGCAGAUCGGGGAGUACGUGUUUGUGAUCUUCAUGAGCAUCGAGCUCAACCUGAAGAUCAUGGCCGACGGCCUGUUCUUCACCCCCACCGCCGUCAUCCGAGACUUUGGAGGAGUCAUGGACAUCUUCAUCUAUCUCGUGAGUCUGAUCUUCCUGUGCUGGCUGCCUCCUGACGUCCCUCCUGAGUCUGGGGCUCAGCUGCUGAUGAUGCUGCGCUCCCUGCGUCCGCUCAGGAUCUUCAAGCUGGUACCCCAGAUGAGGAAGGUGGUGCGGGAGGUCAUCAAAGGGUUCAAGGAGAUCUUCCUGGUUUCCAUCCUGCUCCUCACACUCAUGCUGGUGUUUGCGAGCUUCGGGGUUCAGCUGUUUGCCGGAAAGCUCGCCAAGUGCAAUGACCCCAAUAUCGAAAAACGGGUCGACUGCCUCGGUAUCUUCAGAAUAAAUGUCAGCGUGUCCAAGAACCUCAACAUGAAGCUGAAGCUUGGAGAGAAGAAACCUGGUUUCUGGGUUCCGAGAGUCUGGGCCAACCCUCGCAACUUCAACUUCGACAAUGUGGGAACUGCCAUGCUGGCUCUGUUUGAAGUGCUGUCCCUGAAAGGCUGGGUGGAGGUCCGAGAUGUGAUCAUCCACCGCGUCGGAUCGAUCCACGGCAUCUACAUCCACGUCUUCGUGUUCCUGGGAUGCAUGAUUGGACUCACUCUGUUUGUGGGCGUCGUCAUCGCCAACUUCAACGAGAACAAGGGCACCGCCCUCCUCACGGUGGACCAGAGGAGAUGGGAGGACCUGAAGAGUCGACUGAAAAUAGCCCAACCUCUGCACCUUCCCCCCCGCCCAGAAAACGGGGGCUUCCGGGCCAAGAUGUAUGACAUCACUCAACAUCCCUUCUUCAAACGGGGCAUUGCUGUGCUGGUGCUGGCUCAGUCGGUGCUGCUAUCAGUCAAGUGGGACGUGGACGAGCAGGUGACAUUCCCCCUCGCCACCUUGUCAGUAGUCUUCACCUUAAUUUUUGUUCUGGAGGUGACCAUGAAGCUCAUCGCCAUGUCUCCUGCGGGCUACUGGCAGAGCAGACGCAACCGCUACGACCUGCUGGUCACGGUGCUGGGUCUCACCUGGAUCGUCCUGCACUUCGCCUUACUGAAUGCAUAUACCUACAUGAUGGGCACGUGUGUGAUUGUCUUCAGAUUCUUCACAAUAUGUGGGAAGCAUGUGACCCUGAAGAUGCUGCUGCUGACCGUGGUGGUCAGCAUGUACAAGAGCUUCUUCAUCAUCGUGGGCAUGUUCCUCCUCCUCCUCUGCUACGCAUUCGCCGGCGUCGUCCUCUUCGGCACGGUCAAGUACGGAGAGAACAUCAACCGGCAUGCCAACUUCUCCACAGCGGGCAAGGCCAUCACCGUCCUCUUCCGUAUCGUCACAGGGGAGGACUGGAAUAAAAUCAUGCACGACUGCAUGGUCCAGGCCCCCUUCUGCACCCCGGAUCAACAUCGCUACUGGGAGACCGACUGUGGGAACUAUGCUGGGGCGCUCAUCUACUUCUGCUCCUUCUACGUCAUCAUAGCCUACAUCAUGCUCAACCUGCUCGUAGCCAUCAUCGUGGAGAACUUCUCUCUGUUCUACUCCACCGAGGAGGACCAGCUGCUGAGCUAUAACGACCUGAGGCACUUCCAGAUCAUCUGGAACAUGGUGGAUGACAAACGGGAGGGUGUGAUACCCACGUCCAGGGUGAAGUUCCUGCUCCGUCUGCUCCGAGGCCGGCUGGAGGUGGACCUGGACAAAGACAAGUUGCUUUUCAAGCACAUGUGCUACGAGAUGGAGCGACUGCACAGCGGAGGGGACGUGACCUUCCACGACGUGCUCAGCAUGCUGUCGUAUCGCUCGGUGGACAUUCGGAAGUCUCUCCAGGUGGAGGAGCUGUUGGCCAGGGAACAGUUGGAGUACACCAUUGAAGAAGAGGUCGCCAAGCAAACCAUACGCAUGUGGCUCAAGAAAUGCCUCAAACGCAUCCGGGCGAAGCAGCAGCAGUCGUGCAGCAUCAUCCACAGCCUGCGAGAGAGCCAGCAGCAGGAGCUGAGCCGCUUCCUCAACCCGCCCAGCAUCGAGACCACCUUGCUGAGCGAAGACCACAACGCCAACAACGCAGACAACCCCUCGCAGCCGGAGAUGAGCGGUCUGCAGCAGCUGCUGAGCCCCACGCUGUCGGACCGAGGAGGCUACAGGCAGGACUCGUCGGACUUCGGGAGGCCGCAGAGGAAGAUGGGGCAGUGGCGGCUGCCCGCAGGUCGCGGGAGCGUGAAAUCCUCCAUCGUGUGCAAGACGAACCCCGUCAACAACAACAACAUCGAGGCGUCCUCGGGGUCAGAGGUGAAGAAGUGGUGGACCCGUCAGCUGACCGUGGAGAGCGACGAGAGCGGCGAAGACCUCAUCGACCUUUAGGGAACGGGGGGGCGCGGCGCUUCCUGCCGCCGUUCUCUUUUUGCUCCCCUCCCCCCCCCCACCCCGACCCCCCCACUCUUGAUCUCUUUUUUUCACAACUGUUCAGAAGGUGCGGGUGUCGCCGUGACAUUGUUCGAGCGGCCCUUUGUAUUUUGCCGUCGCAGUGGCGAUCUCGUGCCUCGGGCAUCGUGACUGCUGAGCUUUUGUACGCCAAGUGUUAUGACUUGCGACCGCGCGUGGCUCCGACCUGGGGAAGGACGCGUUCCAUUCACGACGCCGCUCUGCUCUUUUUCUUUUUUCCCGCUGCUGUUUCACGUCAAUAACCCGCGAUUAUGUUUGAUGCGGCUUCAAUCGUUUGUGCUUUCAUGUCAACGUCUCUGUUCUCCUGUUUCUAUUCCAUGUUUGUGACGAUGUCUCUCCUGAUCGUCAGUAUUAAUCCUAUCAAUAUAGAUUUUUCUUCUCGUCACUUUAUACUCAAACCUCUUGCUCUUGUUGGUAGAACAAGCUAAUUAAAGACACGUUUGGAGUUAUGACUGAAUGUAAUUAAAAGUAAAACCUAUCUCAUGUAUUUGUGUGGGAAUAAAAUGACAUAUUUUGUAAAUUAUUAUAAAAGCUAAGCUUUAUCAAAUAUUCGCUUGUUAUAAUAAAGGCCUACACGGGCAUAUAUAAGGAACAUGAUUGUCCAGUUUAAUUUCCUUCCUCAUACUUUAAGAAGACGCUUCAUCAAACCUCCUUCCAGAGAUGUUCAAGCCCUGUUAGGAAUUAAUAUUUACAAUAAACUCAAUAAUUUGGUUCUACAAUAAAACUAAAAUAUUUUUGCCAAUUUUCAGCUUUUACAUUCUGACUUCUAUCCACCGUUUUUACCUCUUUCUCCUUUUGGCCAUCCCAUAAUUCCUUUCACAAAGCCCGUUUGCCCUCUUCCACCGGAACUUGUUUUACACGGUGAUUCAAUUCAUGGUGAAUUUAAUUACCCCAAUAAAAACACAACAACCUGGGAUUAGACUAACGAAGGGGGUAAUGGAGUGGAUAGAUGCUGCUUAACGAUUCUCCUCGCGCACAUCUGCUCAGAUCAAACACUGACUGCACUCCCCACGCCUCCUCUGGAUAACACUGCCCUCUGCUGGUCACUUGCUGUUCUGCCCCUGAUAAGCUGUUGAGCUUCUUGUUUGCUCUCAUUGUUCAGUCCCAGCUUUGCAUGAAAUGUCAAAGUGACCAAAUAUCUGGAAGCUGGGGUGCAGGCCGACGACAUUAUACUGCGUAGUAUUUAUCUUGGUGUUGUGCUCCUCCUUAACGCAUUCCAUAUCCCGCCAUUGCUCAUCCGGCCGCCCAGCACUCUCCUCCACGCCACAGUGAUGCCCGGUGACGACAGCCCCGUCCUCCACGGGCAGCUCGCCGGUCAGUGUGAAUCUGCCGUCCACAGAGCGGCACUAUGCUGUCAGAAAGAAUCACUCAACACAUAUGCGUCCACUGACGACCAGGUUCUUAAGCACGCCAUUCGGUGGUUCAACCUGGCAGCAGACCGGGGUAGCUCCAGGAUGCGUGCUACUGUAGACGUCCCCCACACUGAACAGACUUAAAAUAUAUCUUUUUUAAAUGUGUGUGUAUAUAAUUUUGUCCUUUCAAAUAAAAAACUGUAAAAAUUA